AUGAAUGGAUCUGCCAGGAGCAGACUCCUGUUGUGUUUGGCAAUCUUUAUUUUUACGGAUAUUUGGCCUUUUGCGGAGGGUUUUGUCAACUCGCCGAAAAUUAUAAGCAAAGAUGGCAAUUUGAUAUUUGAGUCUGGAGCCAAUCGAAAUAUCAGCUUUCGAUUAAUGGGAAGUUCGCGGCUAACGAUCAACGAGGAGUACGAUGUGAUGGAGCUAUUGAUGGCCACCGGUGGUCCCAAAAAGCGGCCCAACGGUCCCAAGGAUGAAUGGAACACCGCCGAGGAUUUCGUGGAUGUGCGGGAGCUGGCGGAUCAGCUGGCUGAUUUUAAGAGACGAGCCUUUGGGGUCAACGGUUUGGAUGAAAGGCUGCGAACGCAGUUAAACAGGACUCGCGGAUCGAUGGCUCUGCUGCGGCGUUUCCAGACACGACUUAGGGCGGUGGAGAACCGGGUGGAUCGUAUCAAGACGCAGUUGGAGACGAACAGCUGCGCAAGUGGACCCUGCGAGAACGGAGGAACCUGCUACAACACCUUCAACGGCUUUCGCUGCCAAUGCCGGCCGGCCUUCGAGGGCACCAAGUGCGAGUUGGACGUCAACGAGUGCGCCCUGUACGAGGGCACCGACCUGGGCUGCCAGAAUGGAGGACAGUGCCAGAAUCAGUUUGGCUCCUACAGUUGCCUGUGCCAGCCGGGUUGGCAUGGGAUGCACUGCACCCAGCGCAAGGCCGACUGUUCGCAGUCGAGUGCCUGGGAGCUGUGUGGCCACGGAUCCUGCGUUCCCAGCUUCGACGAUGCCGGCUAUCGUUGCCUCUGUGAGCCGGGUUGGAAGACCAACGGACUGACCCCCGUUUGUGGCGAGGAUGUGGACGAGUGCAGCGAUUCGGCGGCCCACAAGCCCUGUUCCACCAGCUGCAUCAAUCUGCCGGGUAGCUUCACCUGUGCUCCCUGUGCCGCCGGCCUGACCGGAAAUGGAAUCAGCUGCCGGGACUUGGACGAAUGUCAGACGAACAACGGCGGCUGCAGCCUGAAUCCCAAGGUGGAUUGCAUAAACACCUACGGAUCGUAUCACUGCGGCGAGUGCCCCAUCGGUUGGACGGGCGAUGGACGGAACUGUGAGAGAAGCGCGGAGGAGUUCGACAUCCAGACCGGCCAGCGCCCGAGGAGUUGUCCGGCGAGCAACAAUCCCUGCUACCCGACAGCCAGCUGCUUCCUGAUCUCCGGCACCGCAUCCUGCAGGUGUCCGGCGGGCAUGGUCGGAUCGGGAUACGGUCCGAAUGGCUGCGUCAAUGGAACGACCACGAACUGCUUCGGAAAUCCCUGCCUGAACGACGGCAUUUGCCUGGACGCCGGACCCUCGAACUUCACCUGCAUGUGCCAGAGUGGGUUCCGUCCGCCGAUCUGUGAGCCGGUGCCGAGUCAGUGCGACCGGAAGCCGUGCCAGAACGGAGGACGCUGUCGUCCCACCACGUCCAGCUCCGAUGGCUUCGUCUGCCAGUGCCUGCCGGGCUACCGGGGUCGCCGGUGCGAGACGCGCUUCAGCAGCUGCAACGGAAUGCUGAGUGCUCCGAGUGGCCGGCUUAGGUAUCCGCCGGAGGGCACUGGCUAUGAGCACAAUGCCCAGUGCGCCUGGGUGAUCCGCACCAACGAGUCGCUGGUGGUGAACGUAACCUUCAACAGCUUCGAUCUGGAGGACUCCACGGAGUGCCGCUUCGACUGGCUGCAGAUCAACGAUGGCCGAUCGGCGGCUGCCCAGAUAAUUGGACGCUAUUGCGGCAACCAUCUGCCCCACGGCGGGAGCAUCAUCUCCUCCGGCAAUCAACUGUACCUGUGGUUCCGGUCCGACAACUCGACGGCCAAGGAGGGCUUCGAUCUCACCUGGAGCUCGAUGCAGCCGCAGUGCGGCGGUCGGUUGGAGUUCGAGACCCACGGCACCCUCGCCUCGCCAGGAUCGCCGGGAAAUUAUCCCAAGAACCGCGACUGCCGGUGGCAACUGGUGGCGCCCACCAAUAAGCGCAUCAAGCUGACCUUCUUCAGUCUGCAGCUGGAGCAGCACAUCAAUUGCAAUUUUGAUUUUGUGGAGAUUAAGGACACCAUUUCCGGACGCCAGCUGGCCAAGUACUGCACCAGCGGAGCGCCGGCGCCGCUGCUUCUGGCCACCCACCUGGCCGAGAUCCACUUCCACUCCGAUGCGGAGGGCGGCGACACGGGCUUCCAGCUGCAUUAUUCGGUGGAGGAGAGGGUGCCCGGCUGCGGUGGCGUCUAUACCGCCAAGCAGGGCACCAUUGCCGAAUCCUCCACGGCCAAUUCCGAGCCAGGAGGUGUUUCCUGCGAGUACGAAAUCCACUUGGCCGUGGGCGAGCAGGUUGCCAUUCAGUUUGUGCGUCUAGAUCUGGAGCCCCAGGACUGCCUGGAGGUGCUGGACGUCACGGACGAGGGCGGCAGUGUGCUGCAGGAGAAGAUUUGCGGAUCAGAUGCGGCACGUUCGAAUCCACCAGCCUUCACAUCGCAGUUCAAUCGCCUCAAGAUCAAGUUCUACGCCCGUGCCGGUGCCUUCGAGCUGAACUACCGCAUGGCCUGUGAUUUCAAGCUGGACGCUGACCAGGGCACGAUCACCUCGCCUGGCUAUCCCAACAUAACCAAGAGCGAUCGGCUGUGCACCUAUACGAUAAGAACGGCGGCGAACACGGUGAUCAGCUUGAAGAGGAUCGAUUUUCAGCUUAGCGGCGAGGACCAUGACGAUGAAUCUAACUGUCUGACCACCAAUUUGAGAAUAAACGAUGGAUUAAACCGCCAGAUCUUGGGACCCUACUGCGGCAAGAAUCAACCGGCGGAGGACUUUGUCAGCCAGACCAACUACCUGCAGUUCCACCUGACCACGGAUGCAGAGAGCUCGGGACGUGGCUUCAAGUUUGACUACCGAUCUCUGGCCGGCGGAGACGACAAGUGUGGCGGAGUGCACACCCGUUCCGGCGAGCACAUCCGACUGCCGACCACGGAGGGCCGUUAUGCCAAUGAUGCGACCUGCUACUGGGUGAUUAUGGCUCCGGCCAACAAGGCCAUUCGCCUGCACUGGAUCAGCUUCGAAAUGGAAGAAACACAGGACUGCAGCUUCGACUAUGUGGAGAUCUACGACAGCCUGUCCGCCCAGUUGGGCGAUGACAAGGCCAAGCCGAUGGCCAAGUACUGUGGCACCCGUCUGCCGGAGGAUCUGGUCAGCCACUCGCGCCAGCUUGUCAUUAAGUUCGCUUCGGACUACAGCGAGGCGGAUGGCGGCUUGGAAUUGACCUAUACCUUCGAGGACCGCGACAUUUGCGGCGGUCACAUCCACGCCUCCAGCGGGGAGUUGACCUCCCCGGACUAUCCGGCCAACUAUUCGUCUGGCUUGCACUGCGAUUGGAAGCUGACCGGAGCUAUUGGCCAUCUGCUGGAGAUUCAGGUGGAGAACUUUGAGCUGGAACCGUCGCCCAAUUGCACGGCGGACUAUCUGGAGAUCAGGAAUGGGGGCGAUGCCGUUUCCCCGCUGAUAGGACGCUUCUGCGGCCAGAGCAUACCCACGCGGAUACCCAGCUUUAGCCACGAGAUGAGGCUGAUCCUCCACACGGACGCGGCGAUCAAUGGUCGUGGGUUCCGGCUGCGCUGGCGAGUCUUCGCCCUCGGCUGCGGUGGUCAACUGCGCUCCAACAUGGGGCUCAUCUCCACGCCCAGAUACCCUAAUAGCUAUCCCCACUACUCACACUGCGAGUGGCGAAUUAUUCUGCAUCCCGGAUCGGCCAUCUCACUGCUCAUCGAAGAUAUGGACGUGGAAUCUUUGAGCAGCUGCUACUACGACAGCGUGAAGAUCUACUCGGGAAUAAAGAUGCCCAACCAGAGUCCCGAAAAGGUGCUCUGCGGCGAACAGAAGAACGAACUGAUCCAGCUAGAGAUGAGUGAGGCCACUAUCGCUUUCGAUUCCGAUUCGUCUAAUUCCGGCCGAGGAUUCCGGAUUUCCUUCAAGGCGAAUUGCGUGAGGAACCUGACGGCCACCACCGGAACCAUAGAGAGUCUCAACUAUAUGGAACCCUUCAUGGAGACCAUACCCAUCAAUUGCAGCUGGACGAUCAGGGCGCCCAGGGGCAAUCAUAUUCGCAUCGAAGUCUCCCAUUUGGAGCGGCACGAGGAGCAUAUGCCGAGUACCCAGAUGCCCGGGGGAUUGUACAUCAUGGAUGGCGGACAUGUCCAGAAAAUAAGCACCCCGAUGGCGGUGAAUGUCAGUGGCGAGGUGCUGACCGUUGUCCACAAUGCCAGCUAUGUGAACUUCCAACUGGACUACCGCAUCGAUGGCUGCCUGGAGGAGCUGCGCGGCGAGAGCGGAUCGUUCCAGUCGCCCAACCACCCCAAUAUGUAUCCCAACGACCUGGAGUGCUACUGGCUGAUCACCGUCCAGCGUGAUAGCGUCGUUGAGCUCACGAUCUUCGACAUUGAUCUUGAGGAGAGCGUCAAUUGCACCAAGGAUGCGCUGUCGGUGUCCAACCAUCAAAACACUGUGGAGACACACGAACGCCAUUGUGGAUCCACGGACAAGUUGGUUCUGACCAGUUCCGGACAUCGGUUGCACGUGCGUUUCAAGUCCGACGGUUCGCACAAUGGACGAGGCUUUCAGGCCACCUAUCGCACUGUGAAAGCAACUUGUGGUGGCAAAAUUUCGGCCCGAAACGGAGUGAUCGAAUCGCCCAAUUAUCCGGCGAAGUAUCCGCUCCACAGUCAUUGCGAGUGGCAGAUCGAGGUAUCCGUGCACCACCAGAUCGUUUUUGAUAUGAGUGAUAUUGAACUCGAGGCGGGCUACAAUUGCAACUGGGAUUAUGUGGAGGCCUUUGACCUGGCCGAGGACGACACCGACGGUCAGAGGUUGUUCAAGCUCUGCGGCGAUAGUGAGGAAGAUACAUCCCUGCAAAUGUCUGCCACCCACAUGGCAGUGGUGCGCUUCGUCAGCGAUGACUCCAUCUCCAGGAAGGGCUUCCGGAUGCACUUCCACGAGUCAUGUGGCCAAACGAUGUCCAUCGACGACACGGACUUCGAGUAUAUCCAGAUGUCCCGCCAGGCGCCGCGGAACGAGAGCUGCCUGUGGGUCAUCCAGUCGCACGAGCCCAACAAGCGCGUCAUCUUCACGCCCACCCAUAUCAAGCUGCGUGAUGGGGCCAACCUGCAGUAUCCCACGGAGGGCGACUGCCUCCAGGUGGGCGUGAAGAUAUACGAGGGUACGGAGGCCAAGGGAACACCGCGUCUCCAGUACUGCCGCUCGCAUCCGCCGGCCCUGAUCUCCAACGGCCAGGCGCUGACCAUCAGUGUGCCCCUUCAGCUGGUCGAGGAGUUCGAUGGGCACUACAUGACCAUGACGACGGCCUGCGGCAGCUUGUAUAACGCCCUGGCCGGCAAGUUCACCUCUCCGUAUUACCCCGCCUCGUAUCCGCCGAACAUCGAGUGCCUGUGGGUGCUGGAAGCCACCGCGGGCAAUUCCCUCAGUCUCACGCUCGAGUCGAUGGACCUGGAGAAGUCGGACGGCUGCAAUCGCGAUUAUCUGGAGGUGCGCGAGGAGUCGGACAGGGGCGAACUCAUCGGUGUAUAUUGCGGCAGUGAGGUGCCCGGGGUGAUUCACUCGCGCGGCACCAUCUGGAUGAAGUUCAAGAGCGACGACGACAACGUGGGCGAGGGAUUCAUGGCGUCCUACAACUACGAGCACCACAACGAGCUGAACGGCACCGAUGGCAUCAUUGAGUCGCCGCACUAUCCCAGCAAGUUCCAGGAUCCGGAACCGUACAGCUGGCGCAUCACCGUGGACAAGGAGUACGUGGUGGUGAUAUCGGUGUUCCACUUGAGGGAUAUCGACCAGCCGCAUUUGCGCUUCUACGAUGGCUAUUCGGAUAUUGGAGCUCGCAUCGAGUUGACCAAUACGGACGAGCCGAUCAUAUCCAGCACCAAUGUGGUCUACUUCACGGCCAACCGGGGUCCCUUCCGGCUCAGCUGGGAGCGGUUGUCCAAGGAGGAGCUGCGCUCGAAUCGCACCGCGGAGGAGCAGACGCGCCUGUGUGGCCGACAGUUGGUCACCAUCGGUCGCUCGGUCAUCGGGUUCCACUCGCCGGGCUAUCCGCAUGGCUACGAGAACGGUCUAAAGUGUGCCUGGAGCCUGGUGCCCGCGAAUCCGGCAGUGCAUGCCGUGCUCACGCUGAGCCAAAUCGAUCUGGAGCUGUUUGGCGGGGAGAACGAGUGCGUGGCGGAUUACGUGCGGGUCUCGAGCAGUAGCGAUCUCCAGAACUGGUCGGAGCUGAGCAAACUGUGCACCCUGCCCACGGAACCGAGUGCGAGGAUCUUCCACGGCCGACCCUAUCUCCGGGUGGAGUUCGCCACGGACAGCAGCGUGAACAAGACGGGAUUCAAUGGCAUUGUGCGAACGGUCUGUGGCUCGGAGAUCACGGCCAGCCGGGGUCAGGUUAACGUCACCGAGGUCCUGCGGCUCAAUUCGCGACCGAACCAGGAUUGUGUGUGGACGAUAAAGGUGCGCCAGGGCCGGCGCAUCAGGAUCGAUUUCCCCGACUUCCAGUUGCAGAACAAUGCGAUGGCCGGAUCGAAUGACUGCCGCAACUUCCUGGUGCUGCGCAAUGGCCACGAUGAGGAUUCACCCUUUAUGGGCCGGGGCAAGUACUGUGAGGAUGUCAUCAACGAAGUCCUGAACACCACCUCGAACACGGCCUAUGUGAAGUUCCACUACAUGAGUCCACCGCGCUUCCUGCUUACCUUCCGCUUCGAGGAAGUGGGUCACGCCUGCUCCGGCCGCAUUCGGUUGACCAGCAGUGCGGAUGAGCAGGUCAUCAGUUCGCCCUACUACCCGCACCUGCCACAUCCCCACUCCGAAUGCAUUUGGGUCGUCCAGGCGCCGCCAGACCACCGCAUCAUGCUGCACUUCCAGGGUGCCUUCGAUCUGGUCGAGGCCGAUGGCGAGACCAAGGAGUGCCAACGGGAGUUCGUCCUGGUCAAUGAUGGCAGCACGGAGUUGAAGCCGGAGAUCGGUCGCUAUUGCGGCGCCCGCAAGCCGGACACCAUUUACUCCAGCGGCAAUCAGCUGAGGAUCCGCUACUUCACGGAUGUCUCGGAGCCACAUAUGGGCUUCAAUGCCAGCCUGCGACUGGCCCGAUGCGGUGGCUCGUUCCACAGUCCCGAGGGCAUUCUGGCCUCACCCGCGCGUGAUCUUCUCCAGAUCCAUGAGGCGGGCAAGCAACUGGAGGAGUGUGUGUACACCAUCGAACUUGAGACGGGCAGCUCCAUCGAUCUGCAGACGGAGUUUUUGGAGAUACCCCGGCUGGCGAAUGGCAGCUGCUCCCAGCGGAAUCAUCUGCGGCUGGAGGAGAUGGACGCCUUUGGGGCGAAUGGCGAAGAGAAGAUCGCGGACACGCUGACGGUGUGCGGCGAUGAGCGACACCAUCUGUUGAGCGAGACCAACAAGAUCGUCUUCCGGUACCGCUUCCUGGACGGCAUUCCGGCGGAAAACGAGGGCUUCCGCAUUAGAUACAAAUCCCUGGGCUCCCGCUGCGGCGAGACCAUCCGCGCCAAUGUCGGCAUCCUGCAGACGCCUGGCUAUCCGGUGGGGAUUCGCCAGCCCCUGCACUGCGUUUGGCACAUCGAGGUGCCCAAGGGCUCGCGGGUGCGUCUGGAGAUCCUGGACUUCAACACGGGCGUCCGGAAUGUGACCACUGGCUGGGGCUUUGACUAUGGCGGCGGCCACUUUCGGGGUCGCCUCACCGUGGCCAACGACUUCAAGAUGCAGUCCAUCCUUGGGCGCUACAACAGCGAUCCGCCCGCAGUGGUGGUGUCCUCGGACAACACCAUGGGCAUCGAUGUCUUCCUUCUGCCCGUUACGCAGAGCCACGGGAUCAAGCUGCGGUUCAGUGCCUACGGCUUCAGCACCUGCCAGCGGCUUGCCAUCGAGCGGGAUGUGGCCGAGGAGAUGCACUUCCAGCGCCUCAAUGCCAGCGAUCCGGUCCACUGCAGCUACACAAUCGAGCCGGCGGCCAAUAGUACCAUCCUCAUUCAGGUGAAGGAGUACAACACCACCUCCCCGAUGAUGCGGAACUCGCAUCUCUGCGCCCUGCUCUCGCCGCUCAAGCUGAACCGAGUGGACCAGGAGGACCAGCUGGCGCAGCGCAUCCUCUGCGACUACCAGGCACCCACCCCGGGCAAGCCCCUGCCCUCCGUUCGAGUGCCCUUCCCCAUCCAACUGGUGGUCUCGGCCUCCGCCCGCAACUCGUUGGCCAAUCUCGUGCUGGGCUACAGCAUGCAGGCCUGUGGCGGAGUCUUCAUCCUGGAGCCGGGCGACAAUAUGACGCUGCGACAGCCAUCCGGAAUGGAAGCGAUCCAGGGGGCCAUCGACUGUGCCUGGGCCAUUGGACCCUAUGUGGAUGCCAGUGGCGACGACGAGGUGGAGCCCCAGGACAUCCAGCUGGAGGUGACGCUGCACGAUGUCAACCUGCCCACUCCGUCUCCGGCGGCGGGAUCAACGGAACUCCCCUGCCUGCAUCACUAUCUAAAGGUGUACAAUGGACCCGAUCAGAACUCGCCCUCGCUGGGAUCCUUCUGCAACCAGGCCACCCCUGUGAACGUGGUGGUGGAGCGGGGCCUCUUCUUCGAGUACCACUCCGACAGCUUCUCCCCCAACGCCACGUUCAAUGUGUCCAUCAAAUACGGAUCGGGAUGCGGUGGCAAGCUGACGUAUCCGUAUCGCCACAUCGAUUUCGGUGAGCAGUACAAGAACAAUGUGGAGUGCAUCUGGGAGGUUGAGGCGGCGUCGGGCUACCACAUCGGUCUCACCUUCCACAGGCGAUUCUACAUCGAAGACAGCCCCGGCUGCACCAAGGACUAUCUGCUCGUCCAGCAGCGCAACGAGUCCGCUGGCAACUGGACCGAUCUCUCGAGGAUCUGCGGUCGUGUUCCGCCGGUGAUGAUCAACACCACGUCGCCGUACCUGCGGCUAAUCUUCCGCUCCGAUGGCGAUGUGGUGGCCGAUGGCUUCCUGGCCACGUUCGAGAGGAACUGCGGUGGCCUCCUGUACGCCGACGAUGAGGAACAGGAUUUGACCAGUCCGGGCUUUCCGCAGGCCUACGAGAAGAAUCUGCAGUGCAACUGGACCAUCGUGCCCAGGGAUCCCUCAACGGGCGGCGGUGUCCUGGUCAGCUUUACUCAAUUCGACCUGGAACACGCUCCCAUAUCCGCGUGUCUGUUCGACAAUGUCUCGAUAACCACCACGGACGAGGACUCCAAGACGGAACGGUCCAUUAUCUGCGGCGUGAAGCAUAACCACGAGUACAGGGCCAAGAAAUCCAUCAAUAUAGUGCUCAAAACGGACAGCAGCUACUCCGGGCGCGGAUUCUCGUUGCGCUACACCAGCCGCCUUUGCGGUGGAGUUGUCGCCCAAAAUUCGGUGGUGCAAUCACCCCGGCAGCAUACGGAUAACAACAUGCCACCCGGAAGCGAUUGCUAUUGGAACCUGACCGCACCCGCUGGCUACAAGUUCACCAUUAAAUUCGAACUGCUCGACUUCGAGGCCAAUGGGAAUUGUGCCUACGAUGGCGUCGAGGUCUUCUCAGGAUCGAUUCCGGACGAGCGUCAGAGGCGCGGACGCUUCUGCGGCCGCAUGAACGAAGAUCUGCCGGUGAUCAGCAUCCCGCAGGAGCGGGGCAUCAUACACAGCUUCUCGGAUGGGCGAGAUCCUUCGAGGGGAUUCCGUGCCCUGGUUCGCAUGAUGCUAAACUGCGACGAGAACAUCCCGCUGAACGGAUCCUCGCGCUAUGUCUUUAGCAAGUUCCACAGGCCUGGGGGCUAUGAGGCCAGUCUGGAUUGCCAUAUCGUUUUCCGGGUGAACCCGGAUCAGCAGAUCAGCCUGCAGUUCAGCAACUUCCAUGUGGAACAGUCGGAUGGCUGCGUCAACGAUUACGUGGAGUUGCGCGACGGCGCCGGACCCUUUGCCGAUCUCAUCGGACGUUUCUGCGGCCAGGAUCAGCCGCCCAGCCUGGGCACCUCCAGGCACACGCUCUUCCUGCGCUUCGUCACUAAUGAGAUGGUGGCUGAUACCGGCUUCGAGGUGACCAUCAAUGCGGUUCCCCGACUGUGCGGCAGUUCGGUGAUCACCUUGGGCUCGGACGGACGCAAGGAGGUCAACAUUGGCUCGCCGCCAAGGACGCCGGGAGGAAACUACGCCAAUGGAGUGGCCUGCUUUUGGAAAAUUGUGGGCGAUCAGCCACUUAGGAUCAACUUCGUCAACUUUGAUCUACACGGACCCGAUGCCAACGGAAGCUGUGUAGACGACUACCUGAAGAUCUACAAUAGUGAGGACGCCGAACAGGUGGAGCUGGGCUAUGGCAGCGAGUUGGUCUUCAAUGGACAGACGUCUGGACAGGAUCACUUCGACUACGCCACCGAACACGUGUACUGUGGCAACGUAAAGCCAGACACCUAUCACUCCAAGGCCAACGAGGUGUACCUGAAGUUCCGGUCGAAGGGUUUGGAGCAGCGUGCCGGAUUCCAGCUGCGGGUCAUCCUGAACUCUAACGCCGACCGCCACUACGAUGGGCUGCAGGGACGGAUACAUCUGUCGCAGACGAUCGAUAGCGAUAUCACCAUCCGGGCACCCGCCAAUCACACUUUGAGUUUGUACUACACCGAAGUGAUCUUCGGCUCCUACGACUGCCAAACUGAGAAUUUGGAGGUUUACGACAGGACAAACAGAUCGUUGCAGCGCAUCUGCUCCUUUGUGGAUGCGGGCAAGAGUCUGUUCAGCAAUUCCGAUGAGCUGCGGCUGCACAUGAAGACCGGUUCGUUUUUGACCUCGCUGGAUCUCACCUAUCUGGCCAGUCCGGCAGAGAAGGGACCCGGAUGCGGGGGGCAGUUCUACAACAUCGAAGGAAUCUUCGCCAACCCAUUCUAUCCGGCCAAUGUGCGGAAUAACUCCGAGUGCCAGUGGAUCGUUCGGGUGCCCAGCAACAAUAAAGUGUUUCUCACUUUUGAAGUUUUUAAUCUGGGCUCCAAGACCACCUGCCACACCGACUACCUCCAGAUCCUGGAAAAGGACGAGGCUGGGGAGGAACUCGAAGUAAGGCGCUUCUGUGGCGAGGACACCCCGAAGUACUACAAGAGCCAGCGCAGCCAAGUGGUGGUCCGCUUCCACAAGACGGUCAACUACGAUGGCAUCGGCUGGGUGAUACGCUUCGCCGGGGUCUACUCCAACUACCAGAUACCCCGAUACUUGAUGGGCGGUUGAGUCCCAUUCUAAAAACGUAUUAUUGUAUAGAAUAUAUCUGAAUAAAUCCAAUAUUUUUCAGUCCUACAAA